AUGACGACUUUGGAAGAUAAAAUUUUGGGGGAGAAGACUCACUACUAUUGUAGUAGUAGCGAAGACGAAAAUUCUGACAUAGAGGAUGAGAAACAACCUACGUCUACACGUAAUGAAACACCCACAGUAGAGCCGCCAGGACCUUAUAAAUGGGAAGGUUCCUCCACCAACACUGGGCCUAAAGGAGUAGUUAAAGAUUGGCAAAGAUUCAAACAACUGGAAUCAGAGAAAAGAGCCGAACAGGAAAGGGAACGGCUAGAAUUAAUUCAAAAGUUGUCGUUCACAUGCAAGUCGGCACUGGAUGAAGAGAGAGAUAGGGAACGAGAGGAAGAUCCAGAAAUUGCUGAACUUCUUACCGAUGAAUUUUUAUUGGAAUAUCAGAAGCAGCGCAUGCAAGAAAUGUUAUCACAGAUGUCGACUCUUCCACGUUUUGGUAAAGUAAUUGAUUUGGCAGAUUCUCAACAAUUUCUAGAUGCUGUUGAUAAAGAAAAUAAAGCUGUCACAGUAGUGAUUCACAUUUAUGAAGAAGGUGUACCAGCUUGUGAAGCAAUGAAUGGUUCUUUAAUUAGUUUGAGUCAAGAUUAUGCCCAGGUUAAAUUUUGCAAAGUGAAAGGUUCUGUGGCAGGUGUAAGCAGACUUUUCAAAAUUAAUGGUGUUCCAGCACUUCUUGUGUACAAGGCAGGUUCACUUAUGGGCAAUUUUGUCAGAGUAAGUGAAGAGCUUGGAGAUGAUUUCUUUGCUGAAGAUGUUGAAAGCUUUUUGUUGGAACAUGGAAUGCUGCCUGACAAAACCUGUGUGCCUUCUAUUAUACGAAACCAGAAUGAGGAUGAUGAAGACAGUGACUUGAGCAUUGAAUAA